AAUUAUUACAUUUGGUUCCAAUGAGAAAGUAGAAAACUUUUAAUGAGGUCAUGUAGAUUUUAUCUGAUUGAUUUGAAGCCAAUCUACCUCCCGUCUCACUCUGGCAUCUUAUUUCUGGGACACCCUGUAGAAAAUGAGGUUUGUAAAUACAAUGGAUAUGGUUUUCAAAUUUGGUGGAUGCCUUCUGAAAAAAUAGUGUAUUACUUCUCAAGGCUUCUAAGCAUGUGGCCGCUCUAUUUAUGUCAAAUGUGCAAAAUUCUCUAAAAUUUAAAGCAUUUUUCCUAGAGUUCAGCACUUAAUACAUAUAAUUACUAAUAUCUGCUAGUGGUAUGCACUUAUCUGUAUAAAACUUAUGAUAGAUUAGAAUCAAUAAGGUGUGACUGAAACUUGACCAAUAAGGUGCAAGUAGUUCACACCAUACUGGUUCUACUAUUAUCAUUUCUCCAGAAAGAUACGACAAAAUUUGUUGUGCUUUUCAGAAAUACCUUUCAAUAUGCUGUCUAUGUUUAUAUCUGUCACAUUAGGUAUAUCCUCUUCAGAAUCGUCUGAAUCGCCACUGAGUACGAGGCCCUGAUUCAGGUUUUGUAAAAAAUUAUUCAGGUUCAAAGCCUUUUCAACUCUACGUAGGUGCACUGGCUUUGCAGUUUGUUGUUUACUAUAAUGCCUUCUAGUAGAAGAGUUGCCUAUAAAAUGAUAUUUUAGUAUCAUUAUAGCCUAUUGUCAAUUGCUGCUUACCCAUUGUGUAUUUAGAAGGUUUUUCAGUGCUCUUCCUCAUUUUUUCAGUAAAUUUUCGAUUAAUGUAUACAAUAUUUUGGGUAUAACCUAAAAGGCAUCUAUUUAAGCCAUAUACCAGCCAUUUUUAUGAUUUUUGAUAGAAGGUACGUAUGGCAAAGAUAUCGUACAUAACUCUCAUACUAUAUUCCACUGUUACACAAUUAAAAAUCACCAUAGUAUGGUAGAAAUAUUUUAUAGAGCUUAUCAUUUUUUAAUAAAUCACAUUUUACAGAUUUUUACAGUUUAAUCAAAAAUCGUUCUGUAUCCAAAAACAACUUUGACAUUUGUGAAAUUGACAGGAAACCACGGCUGUUCACACAACACUUUUGGAGAAACGAAAAGGGCUUUUGUUCAACAGAAUUCACCUAAAACCAAACAAUCUGACACACUAUGUUCUUCAUUUAAAGUAAAAAAUCAGAAUAUGGAAUGGCUCAACUCGCUGUUACCAGCAAGGAAUACGAAAUCACUGACCAGUUCAGAAGAUUGCGACCCUCAAGCCUGUUACGAUAGCUUUAAGGAGCACUGGCAACAAGUUUUAAAGAUUUUCGAUAGGUCUAUGCCAAGCCAUGAUGAUGUCUUGGGAGUUGUUAACCAUUUAGAGCAAAUGACAACUUUACUUAUUUAUGAUAUUAAGAGACAUGACAGGAUAUGUACCACAGUUUCUUCAUCGCAAUGUUUAGAGUAUCUACUAGUAGAAAAUAUAUUAGAUAAGUUAUAUGACUGGAGUACCAAAUCAGGCCGGUAUAUGAAUGCUAUAAGAUGUGAACAGCUAAAAGUUUACCAGAUGUUAAUCAGCCAAGCAAGGCAUGUAUUGUUGGUUCAUGAACCCUUUUUGAAACCAAUGAUAAAACUACUAUGUUCUUGUGAGGGUGAAGUUUUUUCAAGAGAAGUAGAAAAAUCUUUGGUUGACUUAAUAAACCAACUUAGUGCUCUCCUCAUGCAAAAUGUUGAGUUUAUUGAACUGUUCUUCCAAGAUCUAAAAGGUGUACAAAGUUUCAUAAUAUUUGCUUUACUGAUACCAUUUAUCCAUCGAGAGGAUUCUAUAGGAAUGAGAGCAAGAGAUGCAUUAUUACUAUGUAUGUCAUUAUCUAAAAAGAAUAAGCAAGUUGCUGUUUACAUCGCUGAGCACUCAAACUUUUCUUUAUUAGUAGCAUCAGGAUUGAGUGCUCUAUAUUCAGUCCUGCCAAAUGUUCUAAAUGAUAUUAUGGUACCUGACUGGCAUAGAUUUACACCUGAUGAUGUGAAUGAAAUCAAAGGACUGCUAACAUUUGUUACAGCUUUGGAAUUUAGCAAUGCUGUUGCUCAGGUUGCACAUCCUAUGAUCAGGAAUCAAUUGCAGGAGUUUCUGUAUAGGGGAUUUUUAAUACCAGUAUUAGGACCAGCAUUACUCCAAAAUAAUAUCCAAGAACAAGUGGCUGCAACAGCUUAUUUGGAACUUAUUCUACGGACAGUUACUGAACCUGGCUUACUCCAUGCAUUGCUACAAUUUUUAUUAAAAGUUGACUUUGAUGGAAAAAGACUUUUGAAUAUAUUGAUACAAAGGGUGAAUUCUGAAAACCAGUUGUGUUUAGUCUCACUAGCAAUGCUGGAAUCUAUGGUAGAUUUGGAUUGUGAAGAUUUGAUGUUAGAAUUAGUUUUCAAAUAUCUUCAACCAUGUUUACACCUCAUGCUAUCCCAAAGAAAGAUUUUAUUACCAUUGGAUCCUUAUUGUCAGAGUUUUGAGAAAUUAUUGACUUUAUCACCAAGAUGUUGCCAACUAGUAGAAGAUGUAAAUACAGAUAGAAAUAAUACUAAUAAUGGAAAUAGUCAGUGGAAUACAUUGAAACACAAACAAAGCCUUUAUGGGAAAUAUUACGCGUAUCUUUGUGAUGCUAGGACUAAAAUUAGUAGGUGCCAAACUGCUUGUGCAAGGUGGAAUAACUCUUAUAAUGGGGAAGAUGAGAUGUCCUACAGCUCAGAAAACUCUAGUAACUUGUCCAUGGAAAGAAGUAGUGGCUAUGACAGUCUCAAUGUGAAUAGUGAAGAAUCUAAAAAAGAAGAAUUUUGGCAGACAUCUUCGACUUUCAAGCACAAACGAGAGGUUUCAGUGCCAACGAAAAUUGACGAUAUUGACCAGUCUAGUCCUUCUGCUGGUCCUUUUUUGUCCAUACUCAUGGAGAAGCUGAAAAACUUCUUGUCAAAUUCUUUUUAUGUAAACUUGCACCUAACCGGACUAAUCUCACGAUUGGCUGCUUAUCCUCAACCAUUGCUGCGAGCAUACCUUUUAGAUCAUAGUCUGAUAUUACAACCUAAUGUGCCAUCCCUUUUUGAGAUAAUUGGAAUCCUAAAACAAAAAAUCGACGAAUACAUGCUACGACAAUCCAAAUACCCGCAGCAAAUAAAAUAUGCCCGUGACUGUCUCGUAGACAGAGAAAUAAUGCUAGUAAAUUUGAGAAGCUACUGUUCAGAACAAGCGUCCCCCAAAAGGUUGGACCCGAGCCUCAACGAACCAUUUCAAAGGAACAGUUUCAAAAGGCGGAGCCUGAACAUACCACCAAUAAGCAGUUUGUUUGGAAGAAGGCCCAGUCAGGCGGAUAGUAGUGUUCUAUUAAUGGCAUCGCCCGAAGAAGUGCAAUUCAAUUUGAUUUAUCCUAAGUUUGACGAGUGUCAACAUGUAGCUCUGUGUGCAGUUUUGCUUGAUGAGUGGGUUAAGGAACUAGCCGCGUUAGCUCAAGAGCAUACUAUAGCUCAACUCACUAAUCUAUUGAAGUAAUGUGUACGUUCUUUUUUCAGACGAGGUCAAAACAGUCGCAUCCCUAGGAUAAAUUUUCCAACUAGAAUUUUUUUUCAUACGAGGUUUGUAUAUUAAGUAAUGUGACUGAUUUUUUUAAAUUUUUUUCAAUUCAAAUAUAAUUCAAAUUCUAUAUUGUCACCCUCAAAAUGAUAUCUUUCUGAAGCUACUCUGUACUCCUUGUCAGUGCUGGAACUCCGAUACUGGAAUAGACUUCAGCUAGUUGGUUACAGCCGUUUGAAUGUUUCCGACUGUCCCAAAAUGAGCUCCUUGGACCCACGUCAGGCGAAUAAGAAGGCUGAGGAGCCACAGGAAUGUUUUUACUGGCCAAAAACUCGUUUAUUGACAUUGAAAAGGAGCAUUAUCGUGGUGCAACACUCAGUUCUUGAUCUGAUAAACGGUGGUGUGACUCAAAUUUAACCCUUCUCCGAUCAUUCUGACUGUCAACCGUCAAUCUGAAUGCACAACAUCCCGGAUUCUGUCUAUAUUUUAAUCGGUUCUUGAAGAUGAAGGCCUUUCGCUUUGUGGAUCAUCUUCAAUGGACUCUCUCCCUUAAACCACCGAAAAACUGGGCUCUUGACAAAACACUAUCUCCGCUGAAGUUUAGCAAGAAUUUCUGUUGCACUGUGCUCAAGCAAAACCUGAUAUCACACCGCUGCUUGAAAUUGAUGUAACUCUUUUUUAGAUCACAAUAGAAAAACUGUUCAAACUUGUACUGAAUGCGAAUCACAUGUUCCCCUGUCUCCCAUCCAAGCCCGGCGCCUCCAGUGUUGCCAUAUCGAACGCUACGUUGCCAGUCUCACCACUUAAUACAGGCCUCGUAAUUUGUUGGAUGCACCAUGAAUCCACAGGUAGCCGGAUGUUAACCUGGUUUCAACAAAUUACAAAAAUAGUUUUUUAUGCUUUUUGGGUAAAAAAGCUCCUCAGUAGUUUUUCUCUAAAAUUGAUCAUAUGCGAUUAGCAGUCUGGAAACUGCUCCAAAUUUGAUUGAAAAUUAAGAUCUUUAAGUAUCUAAAUUCAUAAUUAUUUAUUAUUAGUAACGCGCUAUGCCCCUAUGGGCCUAUCAUACGAAGCAAAAACUAUUCUUUUUGUAAUUCAUUAAACAAGUGUUUAAAUUAAUUUGCAACUCCGACAACUUAUUGAUCCAUGUUAUAAAAUAAAAAUCGAGUUGGAAAAUUUCUCCCACGAAUGCGAGGUUUUCACUUCAUCUAUUUGUUUUGUGGAGGUUUUCUGAAUUCAGUUGUACGCAGAUUGUCUUUGAUGUCCUAGCCAAUAAUACAGUCACUUGAGUGUUGCGUGAUUCUUGAUUGUAGUCACUCAAACUACGGAUUAUACAGAAUCAGUCUUAAUGCAAUAACUGUUUAGAGUAAAUUUCUAUGAAUUUCGUUUAAAUGCGGCUAUUUAACUCUUAAAAUAUCGUAGAUAUUGUAUAAUAUUGUAUACCUGUUUUCAUAACAAUAUUUGCAAUUUGGUGCAACUGGUUCUGUGAUAACUUAUCUGUGUCUUCUUUUUACUAAGUAAUCUAGAAUGCUCCACUAAUCAAAGUUUUGUUUAUUCAGUCCUGACAUUUGACAAAAUUCUUCAAAAUUAUCUGUCAUGAAACAAAAAAAAUCCAAUAAAAGGUUGUUGACUUUUUUACGCGCAAGGUUUGAUGAGCAAUAACAGUAAUUGAUAAACUUAAAAUUAUCAUUGACAUUUCGACUGCCCUGCUGUUGCCCUUUUGCAAAGCACAAAAUAUACAGGGUGUAGAUCGAUUACUCAAAAACUGGACUUGAAAUAGUUCAGUUUAUAGUAUAACUAAUUCAGCUAACAUAUUUUUAAAAUGGUGGCACUUCCUGUUGUAUCGGAAGUAGAUACAACUUGCUUAUAUUUUUCAAUUUCUGGAUUCUACUCGAGAUUCUAGACAUUUCAUGUCAUUUACAUCGUCCUAUAUUUAAAUAUAACCUUUUUUGAGAAAUUUCAGAAAUUGUUAUAAUUCAUUGGUACUUGUCACUUUUUACGCAAAAUUGAUGUACGGUGAAAUCUCCUUUGGACGGACACCAACGGGACCGACUGAAAGUGUCCGUUCAUGAGGGGUGUCCGUAUAAAAUACAACAAAAAUCGUGUUUCUAUUGAAAACUGAAUAUAUUAACGAAACUGAAACAUUUAAAAGUAUAUGUAUAUAAAUGUUUUUGAAAUAAACAAAAAACCUCAAACUUAAGAAAAAAAGAUUUGUUACCUUUAGAUGUAUACAAAGUAUGUACAUACAUAUGUAUAAUCUAAUAUGUACCUACAUAUGUAUGUACAUACAUAUAUUUAGUAACACAAAACAAUGAAAUAAAGUCACUUUAAGGACGCAAAAAUUCAUAUGUUGUUGUUUGUCUCCUCUUUUUCUUUAAAAUAGCGUCUUGAAAUCGUAUUUCUAACUUAGACAAAACUUUUGAGCUACUUGGUCAAGGUGAUAGCUUUACCAUAAUUUGGAAUAGCUUCUGAUGGUACUGAAACCUCAUCGACAUCAGAAUCUUCGGAAGGUUCUUGUAUUUCAACUGGAUUUUCAAUUCCUUGGUCUUAAUUUGGAUCUUCAACAAACAGACAUUCAUCUGGGUUCAAAAAAUCAUAACGGUUUUCAUAUCAGUCUACUUCAAUAAAUUCUUAUUUUUGAGGAUAUCUGAAAGUACAUCAAGUGGUAAGUCAUCUUCUGGAUCAGGUAUAUCAGCCUCAUUCAAUUGGUCUUCACUUUGCAUAUUUUCAUGCUUAAAUCCUGCUUUAAAGAAGAAAUUUUACAAUGCUUGUUUGGUUACUUGGUCCCAAGCAGUUUUUGCCAAAUUAACUGCAUCCAGUGACGUAAUUUUCUUUAUUAACUGUACCAGCAGUUUCAAUAUUUACUAGCAGGUGUUUGAGUAUUAGAAUUCGGUAAUAAGUUUUAAAACUCUCUAUAAUCCCUUGGUCAAGUGGUUGACAAGCUGAUGUACAAUUAGGGGGAAAAUAAUAUUUCAAUAUUAUUUAAGCGAAUGUCUUUUAGAUGAGAUCCCGCAUUAUCUAAAAAUAACAAAAUGAUUCUUUUUUCUUUAGCCAUGUUCCAAUCUAGGCCGUGCAACCACUCUGUAAUAAUUUGUCUUGUCAUCCAAGCUUUCUUAUUGCACUUCCAAGUUACAGGCAGGUCAUUUAUGUUAAUGUUAUUAAAAGCUCUGGGUUUAGCUGCCUUACCAAUGCCUAGGAGUUUCUUUUUUUCAUCCGCCAUAUUUACACAAUGCAAAAUUGUAAAGCUCUCUUUGGGAUACUUACCCCCAACACAUUUUUUCUUCUUUAAUGUGAGCGUUUUGUCGGGUAUUUUAGAAUACAGGCCUGUCUCAUCGGCAUUAUCCAGGGUGUCUCACGACAGAGUUAGGAUUUGGUAAUUGAAUAUUUCAAAAACCGCUCGCGGGAGAUUCACUGUUCGUGCGGAGUUGUCAGUCGCCAUGUCGCAGUGGCCAGGCGCGGAUCGUGCAUUCGCUAUAGAGACGUUUUUCAAGGACGGAGAAUCGUAUGUUACGGCUCGGCGGCAGUUUUGUUUACAUUACAAUAUAAGACGUUUAUAGGAUACACCAAGCGAAAACUUGAUUCGUAAAUGGGUGCAAAAGUUUCGAACUACAGGAUCAGCCGAGGCCGGGCCCGAGCAAGACUUCAAGAACUGAAGACGCAAUGAAUGAAGUUGAUGCUAGCGUUCGUUGCAAUCCUCGUUUAUCGAUUCGCAAAAGAGCAGCAGCCUUAAACCUUUCUAAAUCAAAAGUGUAGCAGAUUUUGAAGAAGGAUUUGAAAUUCCAUCCAUAAAAAAUUCAAAUUGUGCAGGCAAUAACGAAAAAAAAAAAUUUGCCAGACUGUCAUUGAGAGAUUUCGCACAUUGGAUAUGGUGUUUUGGAGCGAUGAAGCACAUUUCCAUCUAAAUGGUUAUGUAAACAAAUAGAAUUGUCGCUUCUGGGCACCUCACAAUACCAAAUAAAAGAGAGCUCUGCACAGCCCAAAAGUAACGGUAUUGUGUGCCCUCUCAUCGAACGGAAUCAUCGGACCUUAUUUUUUGAGAAGAUGGGAGAGGUCGAACGACAAAUCACAACAAGCUAUUUUAUACCCCAGCUGCAAGAGCAUCCUGCGUACAGUUCACGCACGUGGCUUCAGCAAGAUGGAGCCACUGCCUACAGUGCAAGAGAAACCAUGGUCCAGCUUCGAAAAUCAUCGAAAAUUAAUAUCCCGUUUUGGUGAUAUCGCAUGGCUCCCGCGAUCACCAGAUUUGUCCCCCAUAGAUUUUUUCCUGUGGGGGUAUCUUAAGAGCACAGUAUACGCCAGUGAUCCAACGACUAUCGCUGAGCUCAAAGAAAAUAUCCGCCAAGAAAUUAGGAACAUUGAACCUGCCUUGGCCAGGCGUGUCACGCAAAAUGCAAUGACGAGAUUCCACGAGUGCGUGUGACGUGAUGGAGGUCAUCUCGACGACAUAAUUUUAAAAAAAUGAUAUCCGCAUAUAUAGUCUUUCAAAUGAAAUAAAAAUAGUUUUGAUGAUCCGAAACAUUUUAUUGUUAUUCAAUUUCAAAAUUCUAACUCUGCCGUGAGACAGCCUGUAGAUGUCUCUCGGUGAAUAUCCUUUGCAGAAGGAAAUUUUUCCAAAAACGAUAAAACAUCUUCAGCAUUAACUGAAGCUCCCUUUCCCGAAAUAGCUAUAUUGUGUCGAAUUAUCAAUUUAUUAAGCCAACCAGAAGCACUGAAUGUAGAAUUUUCCAGAGAAUCGGCUAUUCCUUUUGAUUUACAUCGUAUUAGCGGACCUAAAAAAUAAUAAGUUUUUUGCGUUUUUGUCACGACAAACCUAUUGAUUAUCUCACUCAUUUAGAAUUGAUAUGUAAAUAAAAUCAACGCACUAAUACAAAAAACCUUGUACAAAAAAAUAAUACGUAUAUAUUCCUGUCAAAGGAAUCCCCUUAUGACGAGCUGCUAUAAACCAGACAUAACACAAUUUGUCAAUUUUGGUACCAUAACCCGUCAAAAAGCUUCUUUUUCAUACAAAUUGCUGUAUGACAUCCACUUCUUUAGAAGGAUUUCUUUAAGUUUAAUAAGAUCUGCAGCUUGUGUUUUUCCCAUAUUAAAACGCUUGGAUGAGUUCCUGACACUUAACUUGUCCUUAUUGUGAACUUCAAAAAUCUCAUUUUCUUUAAGCGUCAGAAUGUUUCUAUUUGGAGCCAUUGGAAUGGAAAUUUAAUCGAAAGCAUUGUACCGAAAGAAUAGAGUCCGCGAAUCCCCGGUUUACUCAAGAAAGUUCCAGCCAAGAUGGCGCGCAGUAUGAUUGAAAAAUGCAAUAGAGACACUCUCAACAGAAAAAAAAUAAUUAUCUUGAAAUUUUUGUUUUUUGUCCUGUUAGGAGAACAUUUUCUCGUUUUCGCGUUCGUUAAAUAAAAUGUCCAUCCAAGAGAUAGUUAAUACAAUGCAAAUUAUAUUAGAGUCUGUCGGAACCAUGAGAAACUGUCUGUUUAAAGUAGGUGUCCGUGUAAGAGGGGUGUCCGUGAAGGGGAAUUUCACUGUAUAUCAAAAACAGCUAGAUUUAGAAAUAGGAUGAUGUACAUGAAAUGUGUUCAGAAUAUCGUGUAGAUUCCCAAAACUGAGUAAUUUACAGAUUGUUUUUAACAUGAGCAAGUUGGUAUCUACUUCAUUUUGUAAAUCUCUUUGCCCAACUGCUCCUAUCAGUAAUACUGUAAACCCAAAUUUCCAUAAUUGUGUUACGUCAACUUUUUGAGUAAUUGCUACGUGGGACAGCCUGUAUAGAAUUUUAAGUUGAAAAUUAAAGUUUAUUUUGGCUUUGUAAAAAAAAUUAAUUUUGGAUUUUCGAAAAGGCAGUCCAAAAAGCGGUCAAGACAGUUUUUGAAACUAUUGAAUAUAUAUUAUAUUUUUUGGGUGCUUCCAAACACCUUUAGGUUAUGUAGGAAUGUUAUAUUUCCAUAUAUGUAAUUGUGUUUUCCAAUUUGUGUUACCGUGAUAAUAUUAUGAAUUAAGAUUGGAAGAUUAUUAAUCUUCAGACAUUCAAGGUUACUUAAGAUCUAUCUGCACGUAUAUAUGUAUUAAUAAAAAUAUUAUUUAUUGUUAUAAUAUUUGUUUUAUGCGCUACGAUAAUUUAUGAAACAUUGUAAACUAUAUUUUAUUACAAAAAAAAUAUUUUCAAUUUUAAUAAAAUUUCAAACC